AUGAACAUGGACGCUAGAGACAGGUUACAGACACGUCGUGACGUCUUUUUCGAAAUCGAGCAGGCGGACAGGGAGAGUUGGCGGCACAGAGAUUAUCAUUAUUGGGGCGAUUUGAUUUAUGACUUCUUAAGGGAAGGCAUUGCCCAAUUUAACCUGGCCGUCGACAGUGACGUAUCGGAUUUGCAACGGUAUUACGCUUUCUUUUCUGGUCCCUGUGCCAGGCAUUCCAUCUUCAGCGAGGAAGUGCUGGAGAAUCUCAAGAAGAAUUUGAAUGAAUUGGAAGAGGUGCUAGCGUUGAAGAGGAUAUCGGAGAAGUCAGACAAGAAAUCAAAGGAGUUAAUGAAGGAAGUGGAGGAGUUAAGGAAGGAAGUAGGGAAGAUAAGUGAGAGAGAGGUGAGGUUAAAGAAGAUAGUGGAGGAGUUAAACAAGGAAUGGAAUGAGAAGAGAAUUUAGACAGCUUUCAUACAACUUUGAGAGAAUUCUCAGAUUUCAAACAGAACAACAAUAUCUAUAACAAUCACUUAAUAAUCACAAUCACAAUGAUG